CGUGAAUUUCAGUGUACGGCAAACAGAGCCAACCUGUGCAACCUUCGGACCCGGAAUCAUAAUUUUCAAUUAUUCUGCUUCAUCCUAUCGAUCGGCCAUGCUACUCAAUGUGCAUCCCUUGGCCAGCGCUAGCUAUCAUUCCGGUUCAUCGCUCAUCCACCGCUCAUCGCACCGGCUUCUCUUGAAACAGAUGUCGCUGCUGGAGAGAUACAAGUGUGCGGAUUUUCACCGACACCCUCUACACCAGAGCCGAUCGUUGCUUUGCUUCCGUGGCGAACCUCUUUCGAAAUCAUCGUCCAGCAGUUCCAUCGAUGAAAAAAAUGUUCUUACACAGGUUAAACAACAUCAGGAUCAGCGGGCCCAGUUACCAGUUGACAAGCGUAUCAGUCUAUUCGAAACUCUCCGUAACGUGCAAUGGACGGCGACAUUCCGUAGCUGCCGGCAAGGGUUGACGGUACAUGAGGCGUUGCGUAGCAUACGACACCUUCCAGCGAACAUGGUCACCGGUUACUGGAUGGUGAAGAACUCGCGCGAGUACGAACUGACCACUGCGGCCCUGGUAACCACCUGGAAGCUCACAGUUCGCGUCGCCCAUGGAGCUUACUUCUGGUUUGGAGUCUUUCUCGAAUCACGGGAGUACUUUUACCUCCGUUACUAUACGCUACUGUUGCUGGAGCAUACCAUUCGAUGGCUACGGAUCGGACUGAAACUGUCCUUCGAUACGAUGCGCAUGUGGAUUAAGUGA